AUUUUUUGACAGUCAAGACACAAUCUCAAAUUUUGAAUUUAAAACGUUACCUUUGAAGAAUCUCCGAAAUGCGCUCCACGUGUCAAGAACACUUGUCGUUUAUUUUCUUCAAAGCAGUAUGUGGGCUAAAAGCAAUUUUGUUUUUGAUUGCUUGAAAGUAGACUACAAACAAUAUGUAAAUGAUUCAUAAGCGAGAAUCUAUUAAGCGCUUAUAAUGACGACAUGUCGCGCUCUAUUAGAGAGAGAAAUAAAGAACUGAUAUGUUGUGCCUCUUUUUAAGCGUUUUCUUUUCACUUUCAGAUUCAAGUGUUAUAGGAAAUUUCAAGUUUAUUUAGUUUCUGUUCAGACAUUAAAUCGAGUUGAUCGUAAUCAAGAUAAAUCGCUAAAAUUAUGAAGCGAUACUACUGCAUUGUUCUUUUUGUGUUAUUGAAAAUAAUUUUCGUUGCCUCUCAACGUGAAUAUUGCUAUUCAAAUGAUAAUGAUAAGAAACAAACUAGACAGUAUGCAACAAAGACAGCUUAUGAAGUAGCGAGAGGGCAUGAGAGAAGAUACUUCAAUGUUCCAAAAUGUGAGGCUGUGAAGUUUUGGCUCUUAUCGAGGCAUGGAACAAGAAAUCCAUCUGCUGGGUCCAUUGAAGAUAUGAGAAAACUCGUUGAUGUCCGCGAUGGAAUCAUUGAGAAUCUCAAAAGACAUGAUAGAGACCGGCAUUUAAACCAACUUUGUAACGAAGAUCUUGAAAACCUCAAGAACUGGAGACUCGAUAAUAAUUUAACCAGUAUGUACAGUAACUUCUUAACAGUUCAAGGCUGGAAUGAUAUGAAGUAUAUGGCAAUAGAUUAUCAACGAACUUUCCAAAAUGUCAUCGAGACGAGAUACUCGAAAGAAAAGUUCCGAUUUGGAUAUACUGAUACUCAACGAGGUGAAGCCAGUUAUAAAGCGUUUGUGGAAGGCUUAUUUGGACCUGAAGCAUACAAGUUGAUUGACAUUAAGCCAGAACCAAAUAGUAGCAUAUUCCUACGUCCAUAUGAUUCAUGUGGUAAAUGGGAGGAACAAGAAGAUACAGUCAAAAAUCAACAUUCUGAAUAUUUCAAGUUCCAGCAAUCAGACGUGUUUAAAAAGAUGCUUGAAGAAGUUUCCAUUAGAUUAGGAUAUAAAUAUACUCUUACACCGAAAAAUGUAGAUAAGAUUUGGGACAUGUGCCGAUACGACCAAGCAUGGUAUUUACAAGAAGAUUCUCCUUGGUGUUCUGCUUUCUUGCCCGAUCAUGUCACUAUCCUCGAAUACUUAGAAGAUUUAAAAUAUUAUUAUAAGGCGGGUUUUGGAAAUGAACUUAAUUCAAAUGUCAUGUGCAUAGCUGUUCAAGAUAUGCUUAGAUUCCUACAAACAGAACAUUUACCCAAAGUAGCUGCUUAUUUUGCACAUUCGUCAUCCAUUCAACUUUUCUUAACGGCACUCGGUUUUGCGAAAGAUAAUGAACCUCUCAGAGCUGAUAAUUAUCAUCAGAUGAAGAAUAGAAAGUUCAAGACAAGCAUUUUAAGCCCACUUGCUUCCAAUCUUGCAGUCGUCAAAUAUGAUUGCCCAGACGAUGAGAGUCGAUAUAAAGUGCAGUUCUUCCUCAAUGAGCGACCUAUUGAUUUUGAUUGGUGCAACAUUGGAUUAUGUGAUUUGUCAACGGUUCUUCAAAAAUUCAGUCACUUCUCAAAUUCUGAUUGUGCAAAUAUGUACUGCGGUGGAAGUACAGCUAGUUACUUAAGAUUGUCAGUGGCAUUAAUUUCUAUAGCUAUGUUAUUUAACGUACUGUUUUAGGUAUUAUAAUUUUAAGCUUUUUAACACAUCCAAAAUUCAACAAUGAUUACAAGAGAUGCUUAAGAACAUCAAAGAUAUGUAAAUUUAGGUAAAGCUUUAUGAAUUAGUAAAUAGCACAUAAGAAGUUUAGAAAGUUUGGGAAUUUUAUGUUAGGAUUUAGAGAGCAUCCAAAUUAAGUCAGUUAUAUUAAACUUUAAGCACUUAAAUGCUUUAAAUCAUUAAUGAAUUAUGAAAUUUAGCAAUUAAGUAUUAAUCUCUUUUAAAACCAAAUCCGUUUCAGUUGAAAACAAUUUCAGAUUAAUAAACC